CUGGGCAUCCAAGAAACUCUUUCUCUGAACUCGAGUCUCAACAUCCACAACGACGACGACGACGAGACGUACACGAUGCCAAUAUCGACAGCCCUCUCCACGGCCCUGCACCCGCAGAACUGGCCGACGAGCAUCUGGGUCCUGCUCCUCACCGGCGUCGCCUACGCCGUCGGCUUCCUCGCCUACCGCCCGUCCUUCCCCCGCAACGCGCCGAAGCUGUUCAAGGGGUACCCCGUGCUGGGCACGCCGCGCUUCUUCACGGACCGGGGCAACUUCCUCACGGAGGGGAGGCGGUUCGGGAGCUCGGGGAACUGGAGCUUCUACUUUGGCAAGAUGAGGAUCGUGGGGUUGUCGGGGGAGCAGGGGCGGCAGGUCUUCUUCGAGAGUCGGGAUCUGGACUUCACAAAGGGCUACGGCGCCCUCUUCAACGCCACCCCGCGCAUCGAAGUCUCCUCCAACUCGUCGGAGGAAGACUCCUUCGCCGGCAAGUUCAACCGCAACAUCGUCCGCCUCCUGCGCAAAGAACAACUCUCGAAACGCCUCGCCUCCCUCGUCAACGACACCAACGACACGACGACCCGCCUCGCGGCCCGCGCCGACGGCAUCAGCGACCCCUUCGAGGACAUGUACCGGCUCGUGUUCCAGCUGACGAUGCGCAUGGUCGGGUGCGACGAGAUCGCCGAGGACGACGCGCUCCUCGUGCAGACGCUGCGCAUCUUCGAGAGCAUCGACGCCGCGAGCACCGCGACCAAGGUCAUGUUCCCCUGGGCGCCGACGGUGGGCCACUUCCGGCGGGUCUACAGCGGCGCGCGGAUGUACAUGAUACUGGAGAAGGUGAUCAAGGCGAGGAAGGAGAGGGGGGUCGAGGGGACGGACGCGCUGCAGUAUCUCAUGGACCAGGGCGACUCGACGGUCGAGAUGGUGGCGUUCAUCGUGGGCGCGCUGUUCGCGGGUCUGAUCAACAGCGGGAUCAACGCGGCGUACCUGCUCUGCUUCCUGGGCGCGGACGAGAAGUGGUACGGCGAGGUGAGAAAAGAAGUGGAUGGCGUGAUCGCGAAGCACCGCAAGAGCGCGGACGAGACGCCCGAGGACGUGCUCUCGCGGUUCGGGGUCGAGGACUGGGAGGCCGAGUUCCCCGUGAUCGACCUGGGGCUGAAGGAGACGAUCCGGCACACCAUCACCGGGUGCGGGUUCCGGUACAACGGGACGGGGAGGGACAUCGCGAUCGGGGCGUCCGGGGAGGUGGUCCCCGCGGACUCGUACGCCGUGUACCACUUCGACGACACGCACUUCGACGAGAGCAUCUUUGAGGAGCCGAACCGGUGGGACCCGGCGAGGUUUCUGGCGCCGAGGGAGGAGGAUAAGAGGGACGCGCACGCGUUUAACGGGUGGGGUGCUGGUCGGCAUCCGUGUUUGGGGAUGAGGUUUGCGAAAUUGGAGACGUACGUCACGACGGCGCUGUUCGUGGCCAAGUUCGACUUCCAUCUGUGCGACGAGAACGGGAAGAGGAUGGACAAGGUGCCGGAGGACUCGGUGGAUCGCAACAAGCACUCCGCGUCGAAGCCGAAGAAGAAGCUGUGUUUGAAGUAUACGCCCAGGGCCAAGUCGUAG